GGCGGCGGAUCGAGGCCUGACUGCGAUGGCCGAGCUGACGUCCGGAGCCGUGAGCUCGCUGCUGGGCCUCCUCCAGAAGGAGGCGCAGCUGCUGGGCGGCGUCGGGAGCGACGUGGAUUUCAUCAGGGAGGAGAUGGAGAGCAUGAACAGCUUCCUGGAGCACCUGUCCAUGACGGCGCACCUCGCCGGCGGGCACGACAAGCAGGUCCGCACGUGGAUGAAGCAGGUCCGGGACCUCGCCCACGACUGCAGCAACUGCAUCGACAGCUACCUGCAGAGCGGCGAUCUGGCUGUCCACCUCGCCAGGGGCGGCCUCCGGCGCUACGUCUGGUGGACCUACUGGCUGGUGCAGAAGAUGGUUGCUCAGCACAGAGCCGCCAUGCGGCUGCGCGAGCUCAAGGACCGGGUGAGCGACGUCGGCAAGCGCCGGCGCAGGUACGGCGUGGAGAUCCCGCCGCCGCCGUCGUCUUCAACCCCGUCUCAAGGUGCUGCUGCUGCUGCUGCGCCUGACGCUGCAGAAGACGCAGACGACGACGACGACGACGACGACACCCAAAAUCAAGUGGCGGCCGCGGCCGGUGGCCCUGAUCCCCGUCGAAGAGCUCUAGAGCCUCGCACUCUGGAGGACUUCUGUGCCGAGAAGCUAGCCGACUGGUUCAGCUCCUUGAGCAGCCGACAGCAAGCUGCGGGGCAGUGGGAGGGUCGAUACCUGAUACCAUCCAUUGCCAUCGUUGCACAGGAUGCUGGUACUUGCGCUGCCGCUGCACAAGGAGCAAUGGGUUUGGCGGCUGCCCAUAAUUUCGAGAAGACUGUCUCCAUCAACCUCCAGGCGUUGCACCACGCAUGGGAUCUUCCGCUGCUACCGCAGGAGAUCCUCUGCUACAUCUUGCGUGAAUGCAUACACCAACAAGGCACGGGUCAAGGAGGUGAGGUGGCGGAGAAGAAUCCAUGGAAAGCGCUUGAAGACAGGGAGAAAACGUAUGAAGAAAUAUGGGGAAACAUUGACAGGCUUAAUAUCUACGACAAGAUUAACCAAGUCAAGAGCAAGGUUGGAGCAGUCCAUAUAACCAUUGCCGAAGCUGAGAGCAAGAAGACUGAAGAAACAAAGCGCUUCAAAGCCACCUCCGGGAUUACCUUGGACGAACCCUUGGAGGUGCUCCGCCAGGCAUUGCAGCUCACGCUGAACAAGCAAGGAGCUGACAUGAUACAACAAUCACUGGAGGACAUACUGCACGAGGCGGCCAUCAUGCUUAAACAGCACAUGGAAACUGCCACGCCUGAGCUCCCAAUUCAUCUGGAUGAUAUCCAAUACCAAGACAUCCUGAGGAAGGUGUUCCUGGACAGCAAGCUCCCACAGGUACAGCAGCAAACCAGUACCACCAAUCCUGCUACUACAUUGGGUGAAGCCACAGAUUGCAUCAAAGAAAUCCUCAACAACCACAAGAUUACACUAGGGAACCACAAGAUUGCACUAGACAUCAUACGGGAGUUGCUGCCCGGACGACCACAGCUUCCUGACCAGACGGAUAACAACUCAGAGGAGACUAAGGCCAACAGUACUACUGCUGCUAUCAAAGAAACCAUGGAGAUGGUUCAGGAGAUAUCGUGGCCAAUAAAAGUUUCACUGUUGAUCAAAGGGGUAGUGGACAAGAUUAAUCAGCAUCUGCAAAGUAAAAAGACCCUGAUCAUCCUCAUUGAUGAGAUGGACUACAUAGCCCGGUGGGAGGAGAUCAGGAAUGCUUUGAGCCUGUUGACUUGCGCCAAUGGCAGUGCAGUGAUAGUGAUCACAAAGAACAGGCAGAAGGCCAAAGAAUUUUGCUCUGCAUCGGGGGAACCUGUAAUCUAUUCCCUUGUUGGUAUGUACCAUGAUAUUGUGCUCAAGAUUACAGGCCAAGGGGAGAAUGAAGGUGGCAACAACAAUUCCCAGCUCUUCCGUGACAUCUUGGACAAGUGUAAUCCAGAUGAAUUCUGCAUGAGGAUGUUCUCUCAUGCUCUGUACGCAAAUCCCAACAGGAGCUAUGAAGAACUGCGCAGGUUGAAUGACACCCUGCAGGUUUCGGGAAACUCAAUGGCAACUGAUGCUACCAAGGCUAAGGCUAAGAUGAUAUUCAAGUUCUCCUACAAAGAUCUGCCAAGAGAACACAAGACAUGCUUGUUGUACCUAGCUGUUUUCCCUCAAGGUCACAGCAUCAAGCGGUCAAGCCUAAUAGAGCGAUGGGCUAUAGAAGGGCUAAUAACAAAGGAAGACUGGCCCACCGUAGUGUGUCAUGCAAAACGAUGUUUUGAAGCUCUCAUAGACCGGCAGCUUGUUAUGCCUGUUGAUCUUAGUGCUGCAGGAAAAGUCAAGAGCUGCAUGGUAGGUGGCCAAGUCCAUCAGUUCAUCACCAAAAUCGCCAACAAAGAGCACAUUUUGGACACACGCCUGUCACAACUCCAGGCCCGUCACUUCUCCACCUCCAGCGGUCUUCGACUUCGUGCCUCUGAUAACAUUAACACAAUUGUGGAGAAGCUCCGGCCUAAAUACUUGCAUAAACUGCGGCUGCUCAAGCUGCUAGAUCUGGAAGGCUGUGAUCGUCACUUGAACAAGAACCACAUCAAGGACAUCUGCAGCACAAUAUUACGUCUUAAGUAUCUAAGCAUAAGGAGAACAUAUGUUGAUGAUCUGCCUAGUGAAAUCAACAACCUCCAUGAGCUGGAGGUAUUGGAUAUCCGGCAAACCAAGGUGCCUGAGCGUGCAACAAGAGGUAUCGUGCUCCUAAAGCUGAGGCGCCUACUGGCUGGUCAAAGAGUUGAUCCAAGUACAAGUCAAGAAAUGGGAACGCUCCCAGGGGCCAAUAAGCGGUUACCCUCUGCUGUCCAGAUCCCACGCAAGAUCAACAAAAUGGAAAAUAUGGAGGUACUGUCCAAUGUGAAGGCUUCUUCAAAGGAUGGAGCUGAGCUCAAAGAAAUUAGAAAGCUAGGGCAGCUGAGGAAGCUUGGUGUGGUUAUCCAGAACAAGAAAGCUCACCUCACGAAUCUGCUUUGGGCCCUUAGCGACUUGAAAGAAUGCAUCCAGUCUCUUUCCGUCACUAUACUUGGAACCAGAACUGAGGGCACUGCCACCGACCAAAAGCUACUAGAACCACCCUUGUACAAUUACUUGAUACGACCCCCCAAGGUUCUUGAGAGCCUAAGCAUUGAUGGUUUCACAGAUAUUGUGCAGCUUCUCACAUUGUUUGCUAAAGGUAGCGAUGAACUUUCCAAGGUAACUCUGAGUCGCACCUUGUUGGAAAAGAAUAAUCUGAUCCACAUCGCCAUACUUCCCAAAUUACAAUGCCUCAGGCUCCGACACGAUGCUUACAAGGAGAGCAGUCUCACCUUCAAGAAGGAAGAUUUCCCACAUCUCAAGAAUUUUCUCGUCGAGUGUCUCCACAAGACUGGCAUGAUCAAAUUUAAAAAUGAAGCAACUCCGGAGCUUGAGAAGAUUGUGCUAUUCCGCACCAACAUAAAGCAUCUUUGUGGCAUCGGUGCCCUUCCAAAACUGAAGGAACUCGAAUUGAAGGGCAACGAGUUCCUGGUUUUAUUACCUGAAGAUGGGACACCUUCUGCUGUGACAGUUGAAGAUGGGACAGCUUAUGCUGGGGCAAUUACCAGGAGCACGCUCACUUUCAGGGAGGAAGAAUUCAAACAUCUAAAGUACUUCCUUGUCCAGGGCGCAAUCUUGCAAACUGACAUUAAAUUUGAAGGUGGAGCUCCUGAGCUCGAGAAGAUUGUCUUGUCCGACACAAACAUAAAGUCUCUUGCUGGAGUCGACGGCCUUGAAAAAUUGAAGGAGAUUGACUUGAAGGGUGACAGGAACCUUUUUUCAUUAUUUACCUCUGCAAAUCAUAUUACCAAGGUGACCCUUUUGGAUACAUGCCUGAAGCAAGAUGAUCUACAAAUCCUUGCAAAGAAACCAAAGCUGUGCAUGCUAUUUCUCUUGGACAAUUCUUAUGACGAAAUCCAGCUUACCUUCCAUGAAGAUGAGUUCCCAAAGCUCAAACAUCUAACUGUCAAGUGCCUGAAGAUCAGGGAAAUCAGCUUCGCCGAGAAAUCUGCUUGUAAGCUCGAGAAGAUCAUCUGGUCCUUCAUCGAGCUGAAAUCUCUCUCUGGCAUCAACAAACUUCCGGAAUUGAAGGAGCUAGAGUUCAACGGUGACAGUAUCCCUCUUGAGGUGAGGAGAGACAUUCAUGCACAUGACAAGAAACUUAUACACAACAAGACGCAGCAUCAGGACAAAGAGUAAGGAUCGGCACCUGCUAAGGAAAUGUCUUCACUCUUCUCCAUCCUUCAUCCAUUCGUCGCUGAUUCCCAGGACUGCUACUAGCUUGUGUGUGCAAGCAGCUCGAUCUUACGUAUGUGUGAUUCGCCCAUAAUUCCUCGUUCAUGCUUGUGUUGUGUUGUGUUGUGUGUGCAUUUCCUCCGUGCGGAGUGCUGUGCUUGCAAAGUGAAUGCAAGCAGGUUUGCAGCAGGGGCAUAGCAGAUUAGCAGCUGCAGCUAGCUGUGCUCAUGUACUGAGUCGGAUUGGAUUCCGAUUCCCUUGUUGUGUGUGUGUCUUUGUUCAGGAUGCCCGCGUCUGAAUGCAUGCGAGUGUCCAUGUCUUAGUGUGCGCUCUUUGAGUAUACGGGCAUAUAUGGCUGUGCCCAUGCUCUUGGAUUGGAAUGUAGUAUGUGUCAAUGUGUGGCUUUCUUCUGGACCAUAAGGUAAAAAUAUGGUUCCAACUUCCAUGUAAUAAGUGCGGCACCUCACAUGUCAAUAUAAUAUCAUUGUUCUCUGAUGAAUCAGUAGAACACCUCUAAGUCUCUAA